AUGCACAGAGCGACACAUGCACAGAGCGACACAUGCACAAAGCAACACAAGCACAGAGCGGCACAUGAACAGAGUUCAAAUGCACAGAGCGACCCUUGCACAGAGCGACACUUGCACAGAGCAACACAUGUACAGAGCGACACAUGCACAGAGCGGCACUUGCACAGAGGGACACAUGCACAGAGCGACACAUGCAAAGAGCGACACAUGCACGGAGCGACAAAUGCACAGAGCGACACAUGCACAGAGAGACAAAUGCACAGAGCGACAAAUGCACAGAGUGACCAUUGCACAGAGCAACACUUGCAAAGAGCGACACACGCACAGAGCGACACAUGCACAGAUCGACACUUGCACAGAGCAACACUUGCACAGAGCAACACUUGCACAGAGCGACACUUGCACAGAGUGACACUUGCACAGAGGGACACUUGCACAGAGGGACACUUGCACAGAGGGACACUUGCACAGAGGGACACUUGCACAGAGGGACACUUGCACAGAGGGACACUUGCACAGAGGGACACUUGCACAGAGGGACACUUGCACAGAGGGACACUUGCACAGAGGGACACUUGCACAGAGGGACACUUGCACAGAGGGACACUUGCACAGAGGGACACUUGCAUGGAGGCACACCUGCAGAGAGGGACACUUGCACAGCGUGAUAUUUGCAAGGAGUGA